UAAAAAAAAUAACAGAAAGAAGCUGAAAACAUGAAGGUGAUAUUUUUUGUGGUAGCUGCUUCGUUAGCAGUUUUAUCGGCGGUGACCUGGGCGGAAAAUCCCUGUGCCAAUGGACCUCCAAACUCGAAGAACCCAGCUGAGUGUUGCAACACGCCAAUGCUGCUCGAUAAGGAAAUCAUGAUGGAUUGCUACCAAAAGUUCGGAGAGCAAACCAAACGCCAGCUGAAAAUGGAGGGCGUCCCUCGUGGUUGCUGCAUCGCCGAGUGUGGCCUCAAUGCAACCGGUCUCUACUCCAAUGGGAUGGUCAAUCGCGAGGGUCUAACGACGAUGUUCAUGGACGCCGUCAAGGAUAUGCCCGACUGGCAGAACCUGGUGCGCAAUACGAUGGACGAGUGCUUCAAGAUGGCCGAAUCGAUGAAGGAUGUUAUCGAGGCCGGUUCGAAGCUGGAACCUAGCUUCGAGGGCGAAAUGAUCUGUCAUCCGAUCUCGGGAACCAUCCUGCGGUGCAUGGGAAUGAAUCUGUACGCAAAUUGCCCGGCCAGCAUCUACAAGGGUGGGGACGAAUGUGAUCAGCUGAAGGAGUAUUCCAAGAUGUGCCCGAUUAUGUAGAAUGAGAGUAGGAAUUUUUAGUGAGGACAUUAGCUUAAGCUGGAAGAAACCUGAUGGAUGGAGUGCUCCAUAAAUUGAUGAUUUGAAAUAAAAAGUAUCAUUGUUGUUGCAA